CCACCGGAGCGGGAGACGAGGCGGGCGCGCGGAGCCGGGCGUGCACGGCCGGACCGCAAGGGCGUCGGUGCCCUUGACCAUGGCGGCGGUGGCCGCGCUCCUGCUGGGUCUGGCGCUCCUGGCGCCGCGGGCGGCCGGCGCGGGCAUGGGCGCGUGUUACGACGACGCGGGGCGCCCGCAGCGCUGCCUGCCCGUGUUCGAGAACGCGGCGUUCGGCCGGCUAGCCGAGGCCUCCCACACGUGCGGCCGCCCGCCCGAGGACUUCUGUCCGCACGUGGGCGCUCAGGGAGCGGGGGCGCAGUGCCAGCGCUGCGACGCCGCCGACCCCGAGCGCCACCACAACGCCUCCUACCUCACCGACUUCCACAGCCAGGACGACAGCACCUGGUGGCAGAGCCCGUCCAUGGCCUUUGGGGUGCAGUACCCCACCUCGGUCAACAUCACUCUCAACCUGGGGAAAGCUUACGAGAUCACCUACGUGCGGCUGAAGUUCCACACCAGCCGCCCUGAGAGCUUCGCCAUCUACAAGCGCACCCGGGCCGGCGGUCCCUGGGAGCCCUACCAGUACUACAGCGCCUCCUGCCAGACGACCUACGGCAAGCCCGAGGGCCAGUACCUGCGCCCCGGCGAGGACGAGCGCGUGGCCUUCUGCACCUCGGAGUUCAGCGACAUCUCCCCGUUGAGCGGGGGCAACGUGGCCUUCUCCACCCUGGAGGGCCGGCCCAGUGCCUACAACUUUGAGGAGAGCCCCGUGUUGCAGGACUGGGUCACCAGCACCGAGUUCCUCAUCUCCCUAGACCGGCUCAACACGUUUGGGGAUGACAUCUUCAAGGACCCCAAGGUGCUGCAGUCCUACUACUACGCCGUGUCCGACUUCUCUGUGGGCGGCAGGUGCAAGUGCAACGGGCACGCCAGCGAGUGUGGCCCCAACGAGGAGGGCCGGCUGGUCUGCCGAUGCCAGCACAACACUGUGGGCACGGACUGCGAGCGCUGCCUGCCCUUCUUCCAGGACCGCCCGUGGGCCCGGGGCACAGCCGAGGCGGCCAGCGAGUGUCUGCCUUGCAACUGCAGCGGCCGCUCUGAGGAGUGCAUGUUUGACCGGGAGCUCUUCCGCAGCUCAGGCCAUGGUGGGCGUUGCCUCCGCUGCCGUGACCACACAGCCGGGCCACACUGUGAGCGCUGCCGGGAGAACUUCUAUCGCUGGAAGCCACAGAUGCCAUGCCAGCCCUGUGACUGCCACCCAGCAGGCUCCCUGCACCUCCAGUGCAAUGACUCCGGCACCUGCAUCUGCAGGCCCACGGUGACGGGCUGGAAGUGUGACCGCUGCCUGCCCGGGUUCCACUCGCUCAGUGAGGGCGGCUGCAGACCCUGUACCUGCAAUCCCGCUGGCAGCCUGGGCACCUGUGAUCCCCGCAGUGGCCGCUGUCCCUGCAAAGAGAAUGUGGAAGGCAACCUGUGUGACAGAUGUCGCCCGGGCACAUUUAGCCUGCAGUCCCACAGCCCAGCCGGCUGCAGCAGCUGCUUCUGCUACGGCCACUCCAGGGCAUGUGCGGUCGCUGCCCACUUCCGGGAGCACCACAUCCUCUCCGACUUCCGCCGGGGCACCAUGCUGAGCUCGCUUUGUCCAUGGAACCUCCUGGAUUCCCGGGCAGGAGCCGAGGGCUGGCGGACCAGAAGCAUGGGGGGCCCAGAGCAUCCUGCGCAGUGGAACCCGAGGGGGCUUCUCCUGGACCCAGAGGGCAAGGAGGAGCUCACAGCACCAGAGAAGUUCCUGGGAGACCAGCGAUUCAGCUAUGGGCAGCCCCUCACACUGACAUUCCGGGGCCCCCCCAGGGGCUCCCCCAUCCCUGCGAGGCUGAGGCUGGAAGGGGCGGGUCUGACCUUGACUCUGCGGCACUCCAGCUCGCCCAGCCCCCUGGACACCAGGCAGCCAGGGGAGGUACAGCUCAAGUUCCUGUUGCAAGAGACCUCCGAGGACGUGGACCCUCCGCUGCCGCCCUUCCACGUCCAGCAGCUGCUCACCAAUCUGACUGCUCUGCGCAUCCAGGCCAGUGGCCACAGUGCCAGCCCUGCCGGCCCAGUGUUCCUGACUGAGGUCCGGCUCAUGUCGGCCCGGCGGGGACUCUCCCCGCCAGCCUCCUGGGUGGAGACUUGCUCGUGUCCCAGGGGCUACACGGGCCAGUUCUGUGAGUCCUGUGCUCUGGGAUACAAGAGGGAGACACCACUGGGGGGUCCCUAUGCCAGCUGUGUCCCCUGCACCUGUAACCAGCAUGGCACCUGUGACCCCAACACAGGGAUCUGCCUAUGCGGCCACCACACCGAGGGCCCGUCCUGUGAGCGCUGCUUGCCAGGUUUCUACGGCAACCCCUUCACAGGCCGAGCCGAUGCCUGCCAGCCCUGUCCGUGCCCUGGACAGUCGGCCUGCAUGACCAUCCCAGAGAGCAGAGAGGUGGUGUGUACCCACUGCCCCCCGGGCCAGAGAGGGUGGCGCUGUGAGAUCUGUGAUGAUGGCUUUUUUGGGGACCCACUGGGGCUCUCUGGGGCCCCCCAGCCUUGCCAGCUGUGUCAGUGCAGUGGGAACGUGGACCCCAACGCAGUGGGCAACUGUGACCCCCUGUCCGGCCGCUGCCUGCGAUGCCUACACAACACGACAGGUGCCCACUGUGAGAGCUGUGAGGAAGGCUUCUACGGGAGCGCCCUGUCCCCUCGGCCCGCAGACAAAUGCGUGCCCUGCAGCUGCGACCAGGCGGGCUCAGUCGGCGAGCAGAGACCCUGUGACCCGGUGACCGGCCAGUGCACCUGCCUGCCUCAUGUGACCGGACGGAACUGUGGCCACUGCAGCCCUGGCUUCUACGACCUCCAGCCUGGAAGGGGCUGCCGGAGCUGCGAGUGCCGCCCGCUGGGCUCCCAGGGGGACCAGUGCCACCCCAAGACCGGGCAGUGCCCCUGCCGCCCAGGCGUCGAGGGCCAGGCCUGCGACAGAUGCCAGCUGGGUUUCUUCGGCUUCUCCAUCAGGGGCUGCCGGGCCUGCAGGUGCUCCCCGCUGGGCGCCGCCUCGGCCCAGUGUCACGAGAACAGCACGUGUGUGUGCAGGCCCGGCUUUGUGGGCUACAAGUGUGACCUCUGCCAGGACAACUUCUUCCUCACGGCCGGCGGCACACACUGCCAGGAGUGCCCGUCCUGCUACGCCCUGGUGAAGAAGGAGGCUGCCAAGCUAAAGGCCAGACUGACCCUGAUGGAAGGGUGGCUGCAGGGGUCAAACUGUGGCAGGCCCUGGGGACCACUGGACAUUCUACAGGGAGAGGCCCCACGGGGGGACAUCUACGAGGGCCACCCCCUGCUGCAAGGGGCCCAGGAAGAUUUCCUGGAGCAGGUGACAGGCCUUGAGGGUGCUGUGAAGGCUGCCCGGGAGCAGCUGCAGGCACUGAGCAGGAAAGCCCACUGUGCCCAGGCCAGAGCUGAGAAGACCUGCGUCCAGCUGGCAGACCUAGAGACGGUGCUGGAGUCCUCAGAAGAGGAGAUUCUGCAUGCAGCCACCAUCCUUGCAUCUCUGGCGAUUCCUCAGGAAGGGCUCGGCCAGCCCACCAACUGGAGUCAUCUGGCCAUAGAGGCCCGUGCCCUCGCCAGGAGUCACAGGGACACCACCACCAGGAUUGAGGCCACUGCUCGGAGGGCCCUGCUCACCUCCAACAGCAGUUAUGCGCUUCUCUGGAGUCUGGUGGAGGGGAGAACAGCCCUGGAGGCCCAGCAGGAGCUAGAGGACAGGUACCAGGAGGUACACGCGGCCCAGAGGGCGCUGGGCACGGCCGUGGCAGAGGUGCUGCCUGAAGCUGAGAGGGUGCUGGCCGCCGUGCAGCAAGUCGGCGCAGAUGCAGCCCAGCGCCUGGCCUCACCGGCUGCCCCUGCAGCACCGCCUCAGAAGUCCCAGGCCAGGACCCUGGGCCUGAAGGUGCAGGCCCUGGAGAAGACGGUCACGUCGAGAGAGCGCGUGGUCACCGAGGCUGCCGGGGCCCUCCAGGCCACCGCCCAGGCCGUGCUGCACAAGACAGAACCCCUUAUGCAGCUGCACCAGGAAGCCAGAGCUGCCCUGACCCGGGCUUCCUCAUCUGUCCAGGCUGCCAUGGUGACUGUCACAGGAGCCAGGACUCUGCUGGCUGACCUAGAAGGAAUGAAGCCAAGGUUUCCUCGGCCCAAGGACCAGGCCGCACUGAGGAGGCAGGCAGCCGUUGUCCAGGACAGGCUCCUUGCAGAGUCCAAAAAGAAGACCAAGCAGGUGGAGAGGAUGCUGGGAAAUGCGGCAUCUAUCUCCUCCAGUGCCAAGAAGAAGGGCAGGGAAGCCGAGCUGUUGGCCAAGGACAGUGCCAAGCUCGCCAGGGCCUUGCUGAGGGAGGGGAAGCAAGAGCACCGCCGGGCUGGCCGGCUCUCCAGCCAGACGCAGUCGAUGCUCCAGCAGGCCUCCCAGCAGGUCCUGGCCUCAGAAGCACGCAGAGAGCAGCUAGAAGCAGCUGAUCAGGUGGGUGCCGGGCUGAGCGAGAUGGAGAAGCAGAUCCGGGAAUCACGCACCUCUCUGGAGAAGGACAUCAAAGCCUUGUCAGAGCUGCUUGCCAGGCUGGGGUCACUGGACACCCUCGGAGCCCCCGCCCGGGCCCUGAAUGAGACCCAGCGGGCACUGGAGCGCCUGAGGCUGCAACUGGGCCCACCAGGGGUGCUGCAAGGGAAACUGAGGCUCUUGGAGCGGGAGUCUGAACAGCAGCAGCUGCAGAUCCAGAGCUUCGAGAGCAACCUUGCUGAGAUCCGUGCUGACAAGCAGAAUCUGGAGGCCAUUUUGCAGAGCCUGCCCGAGAGCUGCGCCAGCUGGCAGUGAGGGCAGCCCGGACCCACGGUGCCCCCGGCCCAGGGCAUGCACGCCCGCCACAGGUGCGCCAUGCAGGCACGCUGCCCAGAUCCUGCUGCCGCGUACCCGCCCGAGUCUGUGCCCACAGCCCCUCCACACCGGCAGGAGUGAGUGUGCAUUCAGAGCUCACCCAGGCGGCUGCGGUGCGCACACACCCAUCGGUGUGCUCUCCCACCCCACACACACGCACACACGCACAGGUACAUGCGGACAUGUGCCCGUGUGUGCAGUGCACACGUGUGCAUGUCCAUCCAUGUGUGGUGCCCCCCCCGGAUGCUGGGGGUGUUUGUUAUGUUAUGUUAUGUUAUGUUAUGUUAUGUUAUGUUAUGUUAAAUGCCCUGUGACACUGACAUACUCAGGCAGGGUUGGUACCUGGGAGGCUGGGACCGGGCAGGGUCGGGGGGUCAUCCGCAGAGAUCCAGGGCGGGUUCAGCAAGAGCCAGAGCCCCCAGUCCCAGCCCUGCCCUCUGUCCUGCAGCCCCCUGACCAGUGUGUCACCCGCCACGAACACCCAGCAGCUCCGCAUAGCUGAGGGACCAGGCAGGUCAAAAGACACAGGAUUCUGGGGGGUUCUCAGCAGAGGAACCUGAGGCCCAGGGCUCCUGGGGCCGUGGUGCAGCCUGCUAGGCCGGCCGGGCCGUGGCCCACCCAUGCAGGGGUAUCUUUGGCUUUGUGGAAUACUUCCUUCUCAAGAUCCUGGGACUGGGUCAGACUCACUGAAGGAACCCCCUGCCCCAGGCCCGGUGCCCCUUUUGGGCCAUGGCCUCGUGACCUGAGGGCCUGGGGCAGGGGGCUCAGACAGGUCGCUUUGGAUCUUCCCUUUGUGACCCUGCCCACCCUGGCGGGCCUUUGACCGAUCGACACUUCCCAAACUGGCCCUGCAGCCCUGGGGCCCCAUCUGCCACAUGGGAGGCCCUGCUGGGCGUGGAGACCUGGCUGCCUUUCUAACCUGUCAGGCUAGGGUCUCCCCCUGUGGCUAGGCCCUGCCCAGGGUUCCCGGCAUCUCCUCCUGGCACUCCUCCCCUUUCCUGGGCCCUCUUCCAGCAGACUGCGGGGCCUUGGCACUGGGAGGAUGGGUGCCUCGGGGGGCCCAGCCCCUUCCCAGCGUUCUUCCUGCCCCCCAGCAGGGGUGACAGGCAGCAGCCCAGACCAUUUCUGUUUACCCAACUCUGUUUAACGUGGCAAUAAAGGGCCCCUUUACUAGCUGGUGGUGUGCCUUUGGUCCUCCGGUGCUGGUCGGCAGCAGGAGCCCCGGCUGUGGGUACAGACUCACCGCCUGGCUGUGGGUGCACGUGCCCCCCCCCACGAGUGAGUCAGUGGCAGAGGGUUCAGUGAUUCCUCUUGGCCCACAUGAGGUAGAAGGAAGGUGACAAAGCUGAGCCCAUCGGCUUUGCCAGUGUCUUCCCACUGGGGGGACUCUGCUGGGGUCCUGCAACCCCAAGCAUCUGCCCUCUCCUCUCUGCUCCGGGGGGCUUAUUAGGCAAAGUCUAGGGCCUGGGGGAGUUUGCGGGGUGGGGUACAGAGAGGUCCUCAGGUGACCUCUGGCUCAGGCUGGAGACCCCGAGGCAGGAAAGGAACUCAAAACCAGUGUCCAGCAGCGCAGAAAGGCUCAGGGAGGGACACCAGUGAGGAGAGGAGGAGGGCUUUGGGCCAGGCCUCAAAGGGUGGGGAGACAGCGGGGAACAUUCCAGGCAAGAGGGUGGGCAGCAGCGCGGCACUUGCAGGGUAGGGGCCUGGCCCGCACGGGCCACUCCAGGAGCUCAGGUCGCGGGCGGGAUUAUGGUACGUGCUCAGUCAGGGCUCUUGACCACGAGGCCUGCCCCCCUCCUGGGUUGGUUUAAGCAGAAAAGGGGAGUUCGUUGGGAGGACUUGGGAGAGUCUCCUGGAAUCCUGGGGUAGGAAGGGCUGCCAGGCUCAGAGACGGUCAGGGGCCGGGGGCUUGCCUCGCCCUUCCUCCCGCCCCUCCCCUGCCUCGACCUUCCCUCCCGCCCCUCCCCUUGGUCUCUGUCUCUGCUCUCUCCGCGUUUACUUUGUUUUCUUCUCUCUGCAGAGCAGCUUUCUUUGCUUUUCUUGUGCUUGAUGGGAGAGAAUGUCCCCACUGCCCCCACUUGGACCCACCAUGGCCCCCAUGUUUACUUGUCAUCAGGUCAAAAGCUUGGCAGAGACAAGCUGGAAAACUGACCUGAUUCCAGCUUCCCAGGAGGGACCAACCCAGCUUAGGCCGGGUCCCCUCCCUACUCCUGUUCAGAAAAUCAAGGGUCUCUGGGUCCAAGGCCAUAAAAUGAGAGCUGGGCUGUGCCUUCCCCACCCCCGCAAACUCACUGGGGGAGAGCAUUCAGAGAAGAGGUGCGCUCCUCCACGGAGAAACUGAAAACCGAGGCCAGGGGUAGGGGGGUUGACGUGAUGCACGUCAAUGACCCAGGGAGUAAGCUGGUAGGUUUGGGAGGGAGGACAGGGGGUGGGGAGGCCAAAACAGGAGGUUGCUGCUCUACUGUGAGUUUGAUGAUUGAUGUCUGGUGUAAGUGGUGUCAAGGAGAUGGGGGUGCUUUGCAGACCUCUGGGGCGGGGUCUGAUGCCCCCAAACCCUCUUCCCUGUUACCCAGCUUCUCUGCUGACAGAGGCACACAGCUGUCCUGAUGCCUGCUCUUGGCCUUAAACCUUUCUCUGCUCAAGCCGUGGGGGGCUCAGCAAGGCCCAGUUUCAGCAUCCCCAAUGGGUGGAGAACAGGCUUCCUCUCUGUCCCGCGGUGACAUACCUCAGACCUGACAUCUCAUGACUCAUGCAGUCCAGUCAUGCUUCGGGUGUAGAGAGCCACUCUGUGGCCCCAGAGGUGGGGCUGUGGCUGGGUGGAAUGUGGCAGCUGCUGAACAUCUGGCUAGCAAUGCAGCCCAGCAGCUGAGCAGUUGAAGAUGGGGUGGCCUCUGCCCUGCAGAACCAGUGACUGGGGCCAACCAGCCCAGGGCAACAGGCUCUCUGAGCCUGAACCAGGAAGUGCAUUAUGAGGGUCCCAUUCUAUGUCAGCUGUCUUCUCUGACCUCCAGACGGGACAUCUCCCAGCAACUAAGGGUUAUAACUCCUAUCUGCUUAAACCACCCUGAUGGUAAUAAAAUGUAUAACAGCCCCUGCUGGGUGAAAAGCGUUGUUUCC